AUGGAAUUAGUCAGACAACUCGCUGGUCUUUCUGUUUCACAUAUAAGACAAUUUCGUGAUGAUGAUUCUUAUAUUGAUCGACUCAGUCAUCGAUAUACAACAACAUUAUGCGUUGUUUUUGCUAUUCUUGUUACGACUAAACAAUAUGCUGGCGAUCCUAUUGAUUGUUGGGUACCAGCUCAAUUCAAAACAUCUUACGAAGCUUAUACAGAUAGUUAUUGUUGGAUUGCUAAUACAUAUUAUAUUCCAAUUGAUCAAGAAUUACCUGAUGAUGAACCAGGUCGACGAAGUCAAGACAUUCUCUACUAUCAAUGGGUACCAUUUAUCUUAUUAUUUCAAGCAUUUUUAUUCUAUUUUCCCCGUAUUGUUUGGCGUACAUUAAACGUUAAAUCAGGUCUUGAUUUAGUAAAUCUCGUUGAUGCAGCAAUAAAAUACGAACAAGUUGAACAGUAUGAAUCUCGAGAACGUAUAAUGAGUUAUUUACUUAUCAAUAUUGAACGUUAUAUAUCAGCACGUGCUCAAUUAACUCGAAGACAUAUUGAAAAACGUGUUUCAUGUAUUCGUCGAUUUUUUCAAUUGUUUUGCUUUUGUUCAAAUCGUCAUUAUGGAAAUUAUCUUGUUAUUGUGUAUUUUCUUGUCAAAUUAAUGUGGCUUGUUAAUGGAUUAGCACAAUUAUUUUUAUUAAAUGCCUUUUUAGGAAAUGAUUACUAUUUAUUUGGUUUUGAAGUUAUUGAAAAAUUGCUAAAAAAUCAACGUUGGACUGAAAAUAAACAUUUUCCUAAAGUGACUUAUUGUGAUUUUAAAAUUCGAGAAAUUGGUAUUAAUCAUUUUUAUACAGUACAAUGUGUAUUAAGAAUAAAUUUAUUUAAUGAAGUCAUUUUUAUUAUUCAAUGGUUUUGGCUUAUAUCUGUUAGUGUUGCAACAAUUUAUGAUUUUCUUCUUUGGCUAUAUCAUUGUACUGUUCCACGUGAAAAAAUACAUUUUAUUCGACGUCAUCUUGGUAUAAUGUCAUCAUUUAAUCCUCAAGAAGAACGACAAUUAGCGCGUGAUUUUGUUUUGCAUUACUUAAAAGAUGACGGAGUUUUUGUUACACGUUUACUUUCUGUAAAUAGUAGUGAUCUUGUUGUAACAGAAAUAAUUAAUCAAUUAUGGAUACGUUUUAAAACAUCAAAUCGUCUUUAUUCAACUUCUCAAGGUCAAAAUCAAAAACCUAAUGAUAAUAAUAAUGCUAUUGAUACGAGUACACAAGCAAUAAAUACAAGUUUACAAAAUGGUAAUACAUCAACGAAUAAUAAUAAUCGACCACGAAUAUCUCGCAUUCCACCACCUCCUCUACCACCAUUUGCACGUCGAACAAUUUAUCAACAAUCGAAUAAUGAUAAAGCUGAAAAUAUUCAAGAAUCAAAUAAAUCAGCUAAAGAUACUGAUGUAUAA